AUGGCUACUGUUGUCAUUUUCAUCUUGGAUGAUGACUUGGAAACAGAUGUGAACAAGCUGAGCUCCAAACCUGGUCUUGACCGACCUGAAGAAGAACUAAUGCAAUACAAGGCGAUGUGUCUUGAGCUUUCCUGCAGCUUUGAGGAACUGGAGUCCAAGCCUGGAGAUGAUCUGAAUUCUGAUGAGACUGAGUAUGCCAAUCACCGUCACAUUCCGACUGCUGCCUCCCCAAAGGGGCUUUGCUUGAAUAAGGACCAAAUCUCCGGGGGACAAGAAAAAGAAGUCCCAGUCCAAACCUCUCUUCUGAGCAGGGUGAAGAUGGGGAGGUCCAACAUACAUCUAACUUCCAAACGAGGACCUGGAAUGAUUUCAUACCAAAAUGUACACUCUAAUGGUCCUGGGAUAGGUUCUUCUGGAAGUGAUGUCUCAAGCAUUCAGGCAUCCUUCCAAGAGGAUGCUUGGGACAUGGAUGCAAUUUCCUGCCCAAGGAUAAGUGCUUCCUUUUCCAAUUCUGCUAAGACUAGAGAAACUGCCAAAUUCAUAGAUCAGCUCCUGCAGACACAUCUGAAGCCUGUGGUCUUCCAUGACCCCUAUCUUUAUAUGGCCAAAGCCGGGAUAACCAGAUCUGUGGCUGACUUCACCAGGAUGGCAUUUCCUGAUUUCUGGGGACAUUGUCCACCUCUCUCUGCCCAGCCUAUGUUGCAACGUAAAUGUGGAGUCCAAAGGAUCAAGAUACUUGAGGAUGUCCGGAGACUCAUCCAGCCAAGUGAUAUUAUAAAUAAGGUUGUCUUCAGUUUAGAUGAGCCUUGGCCUUUGCAAGAUACUGCUUCUGACUGCUUGCAGUUCUUCUCCGCGUUUGAGUCAGGAAAUCUUCGCAAAGCCAUCCAUGUGCGUCAGUUUGAGUAUGACUUACUGGUCAAUGCUGAUGUGAAUAGCACGCAGCACCAGCAGUGGUUCUACUUCAAGGUGAGCGGUAUGAGGGCUGCUAUCCCCUACCGCUUCAACAUCAUCAACUGUGAGAAGCCCAACAGCCAGUUCAAUUACGGGAUGCAGCUGACUCUGUAUUCCGUGAAGGACGCUCUUCUUGGCAGGCCCACCUGGGUACGGACAGGCUACGACAUCUGUUAUUACAAAAAUCAUUAUCGCCAGAGAACAGCCAUAACCGGGGCAGCUUCUGGGAAGUGCUAUUACACGCUCACCUUUACCAUCACCUUCCCGCAUGCCGAAGAUGCCUGCUAUCUGGCUUACCACUAUCCCUACACCUACAGUGCCCUCAUGACUCACCUUGACAUUCUGGAAAAAAGUGUGAACCACAAGCAAGUCUACUUCCGACAGGAGGUUCUCUGCCAGACGCUAGGAGGGAAUUCCUGUCCACUGGUGACUAUCACGGCCAUGCCGGAGUCUAACAGUGCUGACCACCUGGAGCAGUUCCGCACUGUGGCAGGAAGGAAAGAAGGAAGGAAGAUUCAGAACCCUCCAGACCCUUCUGAUCCCAGCACAGAGCUGAGACUGAAUGACCUGGGCCUCAGUGCUGCAAACAUAGUCCCUGAUGGGUUGCAGAAACAACAAUUUGUUUAGCAGCUUUCAAUAUAUACAUGAGCACAGGUCUUUACCGUAAAAAAGCAGAAUAUGAAC